UGGGAUAUAAUUAAUAUGAUACUGACAUACCAUUUGUUGUGAUAAAUUGUGACUAACUGGUGUCCAAGCAAAUUGGUGUCUGAAUGAUCUCGAAGAUAUAUUGAGCAGAUGACAGGGAAUGCAUAUAUAGUGUUAGAAAUCCAUUGCUUUCCUGUGACACUUGAUGCCAUUUACAUUCUUCAGUCCAUUUAUUUCUCCUUCAAAUAAAGCGGUCUGUGCUCGUACCAUUUCACGUAUCAAGCGGCAAACAUAAAUGAACUCCGCCAAAUAAGCGUGCGGGGAUCCUCAUUCUGGCAAACUCACCGUAAAAAAGACAUGGUUGAGACCUUCAGGGACGUGUGCAUGGGUGCUGGGUAUUGCACGACAGUAAGGGAAUUAUGGUUACUUUUGUGGAGUGUGAUCAUGGCGUAGUGCUGAUGGAAAAACAAAUACGGAUUUUUGCUUUCAAAUAUUUCAGCCAGAGAGAAUGAGGGAAGGGAUACAUGAAAUCAGAUUGGCAAAAAUGUUGAAUCAGAUGAAUAAGUACGUAGAGAUUUAUAUACCAUUCUCUCUGCCUUUGUGUAUGUUUGAAAAUUUACAUAAUGGAAAUUAAAAAUAAACAAAGUGUGCUUGUCCUCUUUAUAAUUUAAAAAUAGGCGAUGUUUGCUUUUUUCUAUAUUGUUUAAGGGGUAUGUGAAUGUGCAUGAGUCAUAUAAUUUAGAAAAGGAAAAAAAUAAGUUAACAGUUACUGAAUCUCUACUGGAUCCCAGGCACUGUGCUAAGUGUUUUCUACGUCCUACCCCUCCCUGCAGAUCUGCAGAGCUCAUUUGCCUGGUUAGCUGAUUGCAGCAGGAUCAGGAGUUGUGAAUCUCACGGUGGUGCCGGGCUUUUUAGUAGUAGCCUAAGGAAUACGGGGAAGUGUGGACAGAUUCAAGUGUGAAGGAUAAAUUCAAAACCAUUAUUUCUAAGUACCCACAGGAAUUUUGUUUCCUUGCAAGCAGUGCCUUGCUCUUCUCUUCUCUGUUUCCCAGAAUGCUUUCCCUCCCUUCCUACAAUUAAAGUAGCAGAAGGCCCUGAUUCCUACCCAGGAGCACAUCUGGGUGGGAGUAGAGGCCAGCGCCAAGCCCAGUGUUGCUCCCAAUCAUCCUUCACUGUAUUGUUACAAGUCCAGGGCUCGAGAAGGAAAUCACAUAACGGUGCUUGCAGGUUUGCAAAAUCAAUGAAGACUCGUAACACUUUGACCAGUCAGGGAGUGCUAUUCCUAAUCCCAUACUGAAAGCUGGAAUUCCUGUGAUCACCAAAGUCACACUCAAGAAUUAUCAGCAAGUUUAUAUGUCAUCUUCCUUCUCUGCUUUAGUCCUCUUUGAUACGUAACCUGCGGCUCUCAGAGUCCCUGAGAAAGAACCAACUCUGGAAUGGGAUUAUAAGUAUAACGUUGUUGGAAGGGAAGGAUGUCGCAGGAGGAAGCAUGACAGAGAUGUUUGUCCAGUUAAAACUGGGAGAUCAGAGGUAUAAAAGUAAGGAUGGGCAUUUUGGACAUUGAAGUGUGGGGAAAAGACAGCAGAAAGCACGAGGAGCGUCUGGGCACGUGCAAAGUGGAUAUCUCGGCCCUCCCUCUCAAGCAAGCUAACUGCUUGGAGCUGCCACUGGAGAGCUGCCUGGGGGCUCUCCUGAUGUUGAUCACACUUACUCCCUGUACCGGAGUCUCGGUCUCAGAUCUGUGCGUUUGCCCCUUGGCAGACCCCGGCGAGAGAAAGCAGAUUGCCCAGCGAUACUGCUUCCAGAAUUCUCUGAAAGAUAUGAAGGAUGUCGGCAUUUUACAAGUGAAGGUUUUAAAGGCAGUAGAUCUCCUAGCAGCAGAUUUCUCAGGGAAGAGUGAUCCUUUUUGCUUGUUGGAGUUAGGCAACGACCGACUUCAGACACACACCAUCUACAAAAACCUCAACCCUGAGUGGAACAAAGUUUUUACCUUUCCUAUUAAAGAUAUCCAUGAUGUUUUGGAAGUGACAGUCUUUGAUGAAGAUGGAGAUAAACCUCCUGAUUUUCUUGGAAAAGUUGCCAUUCCCUUGCUGUCCAUUCGAGAUGGACAACCAAAUUGCUACGUGUUGAAGAAUAAAGAUUUAGAACAAGCUUUUAAAGGAGCUAUUUACUUGGAAAUGGACCUCAUAUAUAACCCGGUCAAAGCAAGUAUUAGGACUUUUACUCCCAAAGAAAAGCGCUUUGUUGAAGAUACCCGCAAGCUGUCCAAGAAGAUCUUAUCAAGGGAUAUAGACCGUGUGAAAAGAAUCACCAUGGCAAUGUGGAAUACAAUACAGUUCCUUAAAAGCUGCUUCCAGUGGGAAUCCACGGGGAGAAGUGCCGUUGCAUUCGUGGUAUUUUUAGUCACUGUCUGGAAUUUUGAACUGUACAUGAUCCCCCUGGCGUUACUGCUACUGUUCAUCUACAAUUUCAUCACACCCACAAAAGGGAAGGUUGGCAGCAUCCAGGACAGCCAGGAGAGCACAGACUUGGAGGAAGAGGAGGAUGAAGAGGACAAGGAAUCCGAGAAAAAGGGCUUAAUUGAGAGAAUCUAUAUGGUACAGGAUAUUGUUUCAACUGUUCAAAACAUCUUGGAGGAAAUAGCUUCCUUUGGAGAAAGAAUUAAAAACACGUUUAACUGGACAGUCCCGUUCCUCUCGUUCCUGGCCUGUCUGAUCCUGGCGGUGGCCACCAUCAUUUUGUAUUUUAUUCCACUCCGCUACAUCGUUUUAAUCUGGGGCAUAAAUAAAUUCACCAAGAAGCUUCGAAAUCCCUAUGCCAUCGACAAUAACGAGCUGCUAGACUUCCUCUCCAGGGUACCGUCUGAUGUUCAAAAGGUGCAGUACGCAGAAUUGAAACCCUGCAGCAGCCAGAGCCCCCUUCGGAAGAAGCGCAGUGCUCUCUAGGACUCACGCCAACCUUGGACACCAGCGCCCGAUUCCCUGCUCGGUUGAUUAGACCAACACUAUCUCUGUUUCCGAGGUGGUACCCGUGGUGUCAUUCUGGAAUGUGUGCUGUGUGGAGCCCUCCCUGCGCCCUCCCUGCUUCUCCACGUGUGCCGAUGCACACACAUGUGCUCACGCCCACACGCAUGGGUGUGCUAGUUGCUUAGCAGCUCGGCCCAUCCGAAGGAAACAUUCUAGGGACCGUGAAAGACUGAGGUCCCUUCUCAGAUAGGAGGUAAAGCAAGGUGGCCAGGGGUCUGAAUGGCCUCUUUGAGAAGGGCUGGGAGACCACCUGGAUGCAAGAGUGACCCUGAACUUGUUUUCCUACCUCCAACAGAUGCUCCUUAAGAUUCAGUUAUUUUUCACUCCUGUUUCGCACACUCCUGAUUAUUGUGCAUGUGAGUCAGUUUCCUUCUCUGAGUCCACAAGUCCGAUAGUAACCAUCAUCUCCCCAACUAAUGUCUCUUAGAAGUAGAUUUUUUCAUAAUUACCAGGCAUAACCCAAGCCUUUGGGCAUCCUUCCGCCAUGAUUACUGAAGACGUGUGUACAAUGGCGGUCAGCUCCCCGGUGCUGGACACCAGCCUGUGCUGUGGUCCUUUGCGGGCAGUGGAAGCCCCGGGGAAGGUCGGAAGGGACCACUCAUCCAAAAAGUGAAGCUUUCGUGAGAGUAUUUGGUUGCCUUACCAACACCAUGUCUUCCGACUUGACUUUGCUUAUUUCCAAAAUAAAAUGUCGACAUUAGCACUUGAGAGAGAGGAUGAAUGAAUGGAUUCUGAGAGUAUUUAGGAAAACGGAUAAAGGCGGAGGAGCAAGGGACUAACUAAUGACUAUGGCUUCUUCACCUGAUUGUCAUAAUCACUAUAUUUGCCCGAAUUUUUGAGCAGAAAGUAAAACUAACUCAGCCAUCCAAAUCGAUCUUUUGUUCCUGAACAAGAUAGGCUAUACAUAAUGCAUCUAUAUCUCAGAACCCCAUUCCUAGAAAAACACCACCCCAAGAUCCUCUUGAAGAAUAGCUGAUUCCUGCAGACCCUACCACUCAUAGUACCCCCAAGGAAAAACCCCGAUUUUAUGCAUACAUAAAAUGAACACAAAUAUCCUUUGGUUCAAAUGAUAUUUAAGUUGUAAAGACUGUAUUUUGUUGACACAUACUUUGUGUUUUAUAUAUAUAUAUAAUAUAUGUGUGUGUGUGUGUGUGUAUUGUAAAGAAAAGUUGAGGUAAAAACUGAUUUAAUAGUGAGGUUUACUAUUUUUUUUCUCCCUCUGGGUUGUAAUUUAAUAAUCUUCAAACAAAAUGUUUAUGAAAAAUGUGCAAGAUUCUAAACCUUAUCAUCCCGUGUCUGUUUUUCUUCAUAUUAUAUCUUCCUGGGUUUCUUUCUGGCUGAGCCAGAUUUCUGCAUGAUUUGAUUUGCUUCAAGUUAAUGAAGCUGGCUGGAAAAGGACUUGCAGAAAUUAUAAAAGCUCCAGUAAAUCUCUUCGUUGUACAUACAAUAGAUAGCCAAGAACCUCUUUUGUUCAACCAGUUACUCAAUCUUCUGUGUAAACAAUGCCUCAUUGUCUCACUCCCAACUAUCUUGUAGUUUAUCACAGUCUGUCAUUUUGUAACGACCUAAGUCAGACAUUUUUAAACAGACAUGUGAGAUCUGAUCAGUCAUUUGAAUGAAAACUUUCAGCAACAAAAUAACCCCUUAUUUAUUUAAAAGUGGAACCGAUACUUCAUUGUUGUUCUUUUGCUAUACAAUUUCAAAAUGAAAUAAUUUGUCCAACAAGAAGGCAUCAUUAGUUAGACUUAUUCCCUCCGCCGCCCAGUGGGAAUUCUGAGCAUUAAGUUGAGGACACAGACGGCAGCUGGGCUACCAAGAGCAGGACAGAAUCAACCUGUAAUAAACUGUAAGUAGAAAACAAUUGUUAAUUGAUUAAGUCGACUUUGAACGUUAAAAACGUCCAUUGUAAGGGAAAUGUGAAGAUUUAUACAAGUGAUCAAACCCCUACCAGAUUCCAGAAUGCUCUUUAGAUAAAAUUUAUGGAUUGUGGAUUCACAGUAUGAUAAUUAAUGAUAAUUCAGUAGGAAUGUUGAAUUUUAGCCAAGCUCUCCUGGUUCUCUUCUCAAACCUCACACUCCCUUUUCCAGCUCUGUCUGGAUGUCUUAUAGGCCUCUCUACCUCAGUGGGUCAGAAACUUGGUUAUCUCUCCCUCCGUGUGUUCAGGACCAUUUAACCCAUACUCUCGUUCCAGAUUCCUUAUUUCCCUUACUGGCACUGGCAUCUUCUGGGCUGGAAGACACUGGGCAUCCCCUUUUUUUGCUCCUUAUGUUCCCCACCCCCCACCUCCCAACCCAUAAACUUGUAGCUCCUGUGUUGCAUAUUACUCAUGUUCAUUUCUAUCUUGUCCAUUUCUGAUCACCACCCCCUAAGCCAAGGCCUCCAAAACCUCUUACAAGACAUGGCAAUAGUGCCAAUUACGUUAUGCCAGAUUAAUCCUCGUUCUGAAUAUUCUUUUCACUAGGAAUACUUUCUCACAAGUUUCUGUUCAAAUAAAUUCUGCCCUCUUUACAUCUUUCAUAUUUUUCUGGCAUUUGCCAUAUUCUGCUAUAGCUCAUCAUUACCAGAGGCUUUGACUCCCUCUGUCCUCCACUGGCACCUAAUAGACACUCAGGAAAUAUGCGAUGAAUUGAUUGGGUCAUAGUCAACUUUUCUUCUCUGCUCUUUCAUGUAUAUAGAGGGCCAAGAUGGGUAGAUUAGUGCGGUCUAUCAGAGGAAAUAAUUUCUUGUAUUAAGCACACAGCUGAUACUGUGUGAUAUUAUUUAUAAGCUCUGGCCAUGUCAACUGUAAACUUUUCAAUGAUGUCUUAUAUUGGAAAAAUCAUUACCUACAUAUCACGGGAAAAUAUAUUUGUGCAUGGUAAAACAAAACAAAA